AUAGACAUUGGGAGAGGGAACCAGAACACUUGCUGAGGUGGCAUCAUGGCGUCGUACACAAUUAUUUUUGCCGGCUUGUUAUUUGUGUUAAUUCCAGCUAUAUGUGUUGCAAACAAGAAAACGUUAGUGCUGCUUGACAACUGGUCUCUGCGAGAGACACAUUCAAUAUUUUUCAGAUCUCUUCGUGAUAAAGGAUAUGAGUUAACAUUUAAGACUGCUGAUGAUGGAAGCCUCUCACUUUCCAAAUACGGAGAAUUUCUGUAUUCCAACCUUGUCAUAUUUGCACCAUCUGUCGAAGAGUUUGGUGGCAGUGUAGAUGUUGCAGCAAUAACAAACUUCAUUGAUAAUGGAGGUAACGUGAUGGUAGCAGCAAACUCUGCCAUUGGAGAUCCUCUAAGAGAACUUGCUACAGAAUGUGGUCUAGAGUUUGAUGAUGAAAAGACAGCUGUGAUUGACCAUCUCAAUUUUGAUGUCUCAGAUGAAGGAAAGCACACAACUAUUGUAGCUGAUGCAGACUACCUCCUUGAUGCUCCUAUAAUUGUUGGCAAGAAAUCAGCGUCUCCAUACAUCUACAGAGGAGUUGGAAUGGUUGCCGACCCAGAGAACCCACUUGUGCUUCCUUUGCUUCAUGCCAGCUCAUCGGCUUACAGCUACCAACCUGACAUGAUAAUAGAUGACUACCCGCUGGCAGUUGGUACCAACACACUGUUGGUAGCCGCUCUACAGGCUCGUAACAAUGCUAGAGUUGUAUUUGUGGGCUCCAUUGAUUUCUUCAGUGAUGAAUUCUUCUCCUCAUCCGUGCAAAAAGCCAACGGAGGAAAAAAAUACGAGAAAGCUGGUAACCAGGAGCUUGCAAUGAAUCUUGCUGACUGGGUGUUUAAGUCCCGUGGAGUGCUCAGAGUUGGAGAAGUCAAACAUCACAAACAAGGAGAGAAGCAACCACCACAGGCCUACACUAUCUUUGACAUGGUGGACUAUUCGAUUGAGAUUGAGGAGUUCCGUGAUGGUAAAUGGCAGUCAUUCAACGGCAAGGAUGUCCAGCUGGAGUUUGUCAGAAUUGAUCCAUUUGUUAGAACUACACUAAGUAACAAAAAUGGUGUGUUCAAAACAACAUUUAAGUUGCCAGAUGUGUAUGGUGUGUACCAGUUCAGAGUAGAUUAUAAUAGAAUGGGAUAUACUCAUCUCUUUAGUACAACACAGGUGUCUGUCCGUCCACUACAGCACACCCAGUAUGAACGUUUUAUACCAACAGCUUACCCAUACUAUGUUAGUGCAUUCUCCAUGAUGGUUGGAGUGUGUGUAUUCAGCUUAGUGUUCCUACAUUUCAAAGAUGAACCCAAAGAGAAAAAAGACUAACCAUGCUCAACUUUAGUUUAAUUAAUUUACUUAGUAAUAAUUAGGAUAAAAAUUUAGUUGUAAGAACGAAAUGAAAUUUUCUUUUUUGAUACGUUUUUCUAUGUUAGGUAUGAUAUAAAAACAUGACUGAAGUAUGGCUUUGUGUGUAAAUUUUGAUUGAAAAUAAUUAAAUGAUGUAGGUAAACAUUAAAAAUGUGCAAAUGUGUAUUCUUCAUUAUAAACUUAUCAAAGCAUUCCAGAAUCGUUA